CACUACCGUAUACAUUCCACUAUACAUUAUACAUUAUACUCCUUAUCAUAGCCGAGUAUUAGUGAGUGUGUGUAGAGUGAAGCCACUUUUACCUCCCAGAGCUGCCAUACUCAGCAAGCCACACACACCAUACCACCCCCCAUCACAUCCGGACUUACAUACUCACAUCACGCAUACAUCCCCGGCCCAAGGUUACCUAACUACGCAACUUGUGUACUACGACGCACAGUAACGGACGUGGCAAUUUUUUAUCGUCCCCUUCUAUAACCUGAAUUCCGGAUUCUAUCAUCCAUCUUUUUCAGCCGAGCCUGGACUUCGCCGAUAGCGCCUACAUCACCUUACAAAGGCCUUAGCUUACCGACGACCAUCCCGUACCGGGACACAUCCCCUCUUAUUUUCAGAUACCAUAGCAAUCAAGGCAUAGUGUCACCAAAUAUCUGCUGGUGACCCUUGAAUUGUUGUGGGAUUCGUCAUGGACGCAGGUGUUAUGCAGGACAUCGACGUUUAUCCUGCUGGUAACGACAAGACUUUCGAGACAUUCUUCGAUCAAUCCACAGAUUACUCUCAGAAUCUAUCAUCUAUCAGCUUCUGGGACGAACUUGACAGGUCUGCCGAAUCAAGUGUAGUAAACUCAGUCCCAACAUCGGGCUCGCACCAGACACCUAGUACCGCUGCAGACUCACCGGCAUCAACUACAUCUCAAAACCUUUCCAACAUCUCUCACAAGCACAAGCUUGCCAGACAAGACCUACCUAAGAAGCGCCAGUGCUCUGAGAUUAGAAAAUCCAGAUUUGCUGAGGACCCCUCUACCCUCGACUGCUCUGACUAUUGGCUUCGCUUCGAUAGCGACAACGAGAGCGAACAGAUAUUUGCCGACACUCGGGAAAGCAAACCCACUAGAUCUCCAACUCUAGCUCAACCUCAUCCACGAUCAAGGAUAGUCGGGAGACCCGGCAAUAGUUUCAAAGUGGCUUAUCCGCCGUCGUCAACUGCCGAUCUGAUCGACGAUAGCGCUCUUGACCACGCGCUGUCGGACGAAGACGACCUCUUCUCUAUGGCCCUAGCUGAUCAACUCAGCAAGACCGACUCUGCUCCCGUGCCUUCUGACAUACCACCUCGAGAAAGACUUUACUCAACCCCUCUCAGCUGGGAGCAACCUCAACCUGGUUUCCGUAUGGACUAUGUGAACGUGAACCCCCCUUUUAACGACCCAGAGCGUCAAAGACUACUCGCAAUUGCUAUGGGAACUGGUCAAGUACUACAGCAACAGACUGCCACAAGACAAGCGCCCGGAAUGGACUUCAGGUUCGAAAUUAACCAAAGCCCGACAACUAUGAGCGACAGCAAAAGCAACACACCAGAACCUAGAGUAAAACCCGCCGUUACAAGACCUCAAGCACCCUCGCGUACGAAUUCGACCGAUGCUAUGGAGAAAGCCAAGGAGAAGCCCAGAAAUAGCGAUCGAGCUGCGCACAAUGAUAUUGAACGAAAAUAUCGUACCAAUCUCAAGGACAAGAUCGCUGAACUACGGGACGCUAUUCCAUCUCUCCGCGCGAUACCCGAAGAUGGCGAUGAGAACGACAACGCAAGCACUUCGCGAACAGCCCCUAAAGUAAGCAAGGGCACCGUCUUGACCAAGGCUACGGAGUACAUUCACCAACUCGAGAGGAGAAACCGAUCAAUGGCGCAAAAGAACGAGGAACUUGCUCGUCGACUACACGCUUUCGAACAGUUGGUUGGUGCUGCACCGGCACCAAAUUGGGCACCACAGGGAUAUGGUGCUUCCGUCUUUAACCCUCGCGCCUUUUCGUAGGCAACUUCACACCUUCACUCUCAAAUACUUGUCACCAGUCAUCAAUCACCACUCACCCUUCAUACGAAUCCUCGAAGAUUACGACAACAUUAAGCUAUUCACAAAAACGAUGAUCUAUAAUGACGAUACAUGAAUGCCUUGUUUCAACGAUGAUACCCAACAUUCGCAACCCAACCUGAAUA